GCCGAUUCAAACCGCCCAGUGAGAUCGCUUGCCUGCAAUGGACGUCCAAGCCUAUGUGGAGAGAGUGCGAUCUUUCCAGAAGUCCAGCGAAGAGUGCCGGAAGAUCUGGAACCACUACUGCGACACCGAAGCGGGCCCAAAGAUGCGAGAUCCGAAGCGCCACCCCUUGGAGUUCCUGCAGACCUUCUUCGAGCGCGAGGCCGCUGGCGAGUUGGACGACGAUUUGGAGGACACGGACGUUAAGAAGCAGAAGCUCAGCGUCGCACUACCGGAGGUGUCGCAGCAGGAGGUUCAGGAUGCGCAGCGCAGGGCUGCCGCAGACGGGCUCGCAGUUUGGCGGAGCCUGCCCAGCCACUGGCAGCCCCUCUAUGAAGUACCAAUGAAACUUCGUUAUGAUGCUGAGAAGUUUGACUUCCGCGCCAUUGCGCGCCAGCUCUUGGAGUGCCCAGAGGGAACUCCGCUCGAGAAGCUCCAUGAGGUUCAGCGCUCUGAGGACUUCGAGGCUUGUCCUCCGCUGCAAUUGGGCAUGACGCUGGCGGGGCGACCUGCCGCGAAGCAGGACCGUGUGGCCUGGCGCUCCAACCGCUUCCGUCUUCAGCUCCGGGAGGUCUACAGGCGCUUCGUCCUGGAGGAAAUCUUGCCCAGCCUGGCGGCAACAGGCGAUUCCGACGCCGCGGUGCAGUUCGAGCCUGUGCUGCGGGUGGUCAUGCCCGGCCACGCAGCCACUAAGCGCCACCGGGACGCGGACUAUGGGCACAUCCCAGAAGAGCUCAACUUUUGGCUGCCUCUUACUUCUGUGGCGGGAAGCAACAGCUUGUACCUGGAGUCCUUCCCAGGCCGUGGUGACUUUCAUGCCUUUGAGGGUACCAACGGCGACGGCUUCAGAUGGUGGGGCAAUCUAUGCGAGCACUAUGCGGAGCCCAACCAGACCAGCUGCACACGUGUGAGCCUGGACUUUCGGCUCAUCCCGGGCCGCUUUUGGGCCGCCGCUUUGCGAGCCGGCUCCGUGCAGCAGGCGGAGAGCCGCCGCAGCCGGCACCAUGGCGGCAGCAUGGCCAUCGGCUCAUACUACACCUGGCUGAGCCUCUCAUAGCCGAGAUGGGCUGUUUGCAGGGCCGGUUGCAGGCUGCCAGCUACGAUACUCAGCUGGACGAUAGCCCUGGAGAUGGGCGGUUGGUGGUUUGGAGGUGUGCUCCAGAGCCGGUUCUGGGCCAGCUAUACGUGCUGAAGCUGGACGAGCCCCUCGUCUUGGCGACUCGCAACGUGCUCAGCCGGUGAAGCUGGUCCUCUCCGAUGCCCGGUGAAGCGGGGCGCGGGGGUUCCGCGUGCCGGCGCUCAACUGCCCAACGUGAACAGAGCCUGCCGCGCCUGCCGGUCAGCCUGAGAAAUGUGGUGAG